GAUUAAUCUAAUGAUCAUCAGGAGUUGGCUGGUGAAGCCUUUCCAGCCUACAUUUCCCUGAACAUUUUCCUUGAUUCUCCCACUGCUGAAGAUGUGGAGUUUACAGCACUGAGUCUCUGCUGCCUGUUAGUCACUGUGUGGUUAUGCUGAGUUGGGGGAAAGCUGCACCGUGCUACAUUUCACACUGAGGUGUGUAGAGAUCCUCCAGAGCUGCCUGCUCAGACUGCAAGUGUCUGAACAUCAGCAUGGGUCAGUGCCAGAGUUCCUGCUGCACUCCAGGAGAGGAGGUGGGGGUCUGGACCUUGUACAUGAGAAGGUUCACCGUCUCAUCACUUCUCUUUCGAGGGGAUGGAUGGAUGGAAGAAGAGGAAGAAAGUCUCCUAAAUGCGGAGCGCAGCAGUUGCGAUGUCAAUAUCCUCAGCAUCCCGGUCCCCAUCCGUCGCGGUGGCUCAGAGUCCAACCUGGACGUGGUGGACAGCAUCGGAGACGAUGGAGUCGGCCUGGAUUUCAACAAGGGGGCGCUGGGGAUCGACAGCCUGCAGCAGAAGAUCCUCAAGGUGACGGAGAAGAUGAAGGUGGAGCAGACGGCUCGGGACCAGAAUGUGGCCGAGUACCUGAAGCUGGUGAGCAAUGCCGACAAGCAGCAGGGGGAUCGGAUACGUCGGGUCUUUGAGAAGAAGAACCAGAAGUCAGCGCACACCAUCGCCGGGCUGCAGAGGAAGCUGGAGCAGUACCACCGCCGCAUGAAGGACGGAGAGACCAACGGGAAGCAGAGCCACAAGGACGGCAGCAGCAAAGAGUCCGGGACUCACAGCAAGGAGGGCAGCCUGAAGGACGUGAGCGCCACGGGGAGACACCCGGCUCUGGAUAAAGUCAAGACCAUCGGGCCCGGCGUGUCGCUCUCGCCGCCGUUCUUCUUCAACAAGUCGCGGGAAUUCGCCAACCUCAUCAGGAAUAAGUUUGGCAGCGCCGACAACAUCGCCCACCUCAAGAGCUCCGUGGAAACGGGGUCGGGUCUGCAGGCGGAGGGCGGGGCCAGAGGUCUGAGUGGGAGCGCCACAACCGUAGCCAAACCGUCCAAGUACCAGAGCGACGACGAGUGUUCAACGGGGACAUCUGCGUCCGCCGACUCCAACGGGAACGCAGCGGGGGGCUCGGGGGCGGGGUCAGGAGGCCCGGGGAGGUCAGAGUCUAACAGCAGGCUCGGGGAGGUGCUGGACAUGGUGCGGGACAUCAGGGAGGCUCAGUCUCAGCUGGAGGAGGCCAUGGAGACUCUGAGCACACAGUUCAAACGGGAUUACGGAUACUUCACUCAGGUGAUCCAGGAGGAGAGAUACAGGUAUGAGCGGUUGGAGGACCAGUUAAACGACCUGACGGAGCUCCACCAGCUUGAGACCAUCAACCUGAAGCAGGAGCUGGCCAGCAUUGAGGACAAGGUGGCGUACCAGGCGUACGAGCGGGCCAGAGACAUUCAGGAGGUGCUGGAGUCGUGUCAGACUCGCGUGUCGAAGCUGGAGCUCCAGCAGCAGCAGCAGCAGACGGUUCAGGUCGAGAACACCGACGCCAAGGUGCUGCUGGGAAAAUGCAUCAACAUCAUGCUCGCCAUCGUCACGGUGAUCCUGGUGUGCGUUUCCACGGCCGCCAAGUUCACCGCCCCGCUGAUGCGUAGCCGUUUCCACCUGGCGCUCACCUGCGUGGGCGUGUCUGUGUUGGCGCUGCUGUGGAAGAACUGGGAACAUUUACAGUGUGCUAUGGAACGGCUGCUGCUCCCGCACUGAGACCAGGAGACCAGGACACUUCACCCUGAGUUUCCAUGUAGCCUUACACCAGCCCGGCUCCCCCUGUCGGUCUUAGGCUCCAUGAGGACUGGUUUACGGCUCAGCAUGUCUAAAAGGGGUCCACACAAAUCCGUGAAGCCUUUUCCACGAAUGCACGACGGCAGUGAUUCCAACAAACUAGAAAACAAGACACACAUGUAAGCUGAUGUAAUUUAUCACAACUGAACAAACCUCUACAACAAGCUGUGUACAAACUAAAUAUAUAAACACGCCGCCAUGACGGCGUCACUACAGAACAUUAAGUGAUACAGCAGCUGGAUCCAUCACGUGGCUGCCAUUAUUAACUUCUGGACUCAUUGGAGGAUUCUGGACGCACACAAACGGACGCUAACGUCUAAAUAUAGAGGAGUGGGCAUGAAAACACCCUGAUUGUUUCCUGUCCUUAAAGGGAAGUGUGUUAUAGCAACGUCUCUGAACAAACAAACACUCGCUGGCGGAGUGAGGCCGGUCGAUCGGUCUUUAACCUGCACAGUUUGCCUCCUCAGACACCAGCCAGCUGUGACAACACAAAGACACAAAGACACACAAAGACACAAAGACACAAAGACACGUCCUCCCGGAGCUCCAUUUGUACCGUGUCUACUGUUCUGUAUUCAUGUAACGUUUCUGUCUCACUCAAAAGAACGAUUUUAAAGAUGUUGUUUUGGUGUGUGUGUGUGUUUGUGUGUGUGUGUGUGUGUGUGUGUGUUUCUGUGUGAGUGUGUGCUCAUGUAAUGUGCGCCUGCUUGUGUGUGUCCACACUGUUUUAAAGAGGCUGUUGCACAUUUUGUGACAUAUUUGCUUUCUUGUUCAGAGUUCGGUGACUUUCUGAACAACUUUUUAUAAAUCUACACCCAGAAGAUGAUUAGCUUAGCUUAGCAUAAUGACUGGAAACAAAGGGAAACUGCUGGCCUGAAACAAAUGCAACUUCAAAAUCCCAAAAAAACUUUCAGAUUAUUGUGUUAAAAAAAAUACAAAAGAGGAGUUUUCAACAUUUUUCCUUUCUAAAUUGAAGAGGGCAAUUUCUCUGAGCGAAGCAUGAACCUCUCACCGGGAAACCAUGACAUCAUUGCAAUCUGUAGUUUCGGAAUGAGUGUCAGAGAUGUCAGAAAGCUGAUUGGUUCAUUGUAGGAAGGAACCAGACUAACUGUUUCCCUGUUUUCAUGUUUUAUGCUAAGCUAAGCUAACUUGUUGGAGCUUUUUAUUAACCGUACAAACAAGGGAUGUCUCAAAGCGUCCGAUUUCUAAACCAAAAUUUCAAUUUGGACGAUUUAGAGUGUGGUUACAGUUAGCAGAGCUAGCACCACCUGCCUUUGGUUCCUCAUGUCUCUGGUGGAGUGGUUAUAUGUCAGUUUAAUCAGGCACAGCCUACAUACAAGUUUAUCUCCAUUUACUAGAUCAACAUACUGACAAACCACGCUGUGCUACAAGAUGAUAUCUGUCACCUGUGCUUGUUAACAUCCGGGUAGUAGAACUUUAGAGAACUAUGGCAGUAGCUGCAGCCCCAGCUAGUGGAGGAAGGCUGCACUACAGCUUAAACGCAACAUAAGGCCAGCACUUCAGGCCUAUAGUGACGACCUUUAACCAUCUUAGUCGACAUCCCUGUCACAAACACGAGGUAUCAUCCCUCUCAGCAAGAAAUCUUGUUUCAAAAUGUGGACCGCCCCUUAAGGGAAAGCUUCCAAACUGCCUCCCGUCUCAUUAAUCGGAUGCUUUUGGGUUUUUCGUAUCGUGAAAUCUGUUUCAUGUUUUUGCUUUUGGAGAAACAAACUUGUUGUGUGAGUUGACGUUCUUUACUCAGUUCCAAAGACUGCCGCGUCAGCAUGAAACCAGCUAGCAUGUAAACCUGUGAGGGAAGCUCUAAAUGUUAAUUCUUCUUUCUGUGGUUUUGAUUGAAAUGCCUUUUUCGCGAGGUGAACAGAACAAACGAAGCCUUUUGAUCCGGUGCUGCGUUCAUGUCCUGUGGGAGAACAGACGCUUCCCUCUCACAGUGCUGACCUGAAAAGAUCCCCGCCUGUAGAAACCUGCUUUAAGAUGAUCACUUGAUUUGUUCACAUUAAUUCCUUUCAGCGUUUUCACACCUGACUCACUGCAGCAGCUCGGUAGUGACACGUUGAAGAUUCCCCUCCAGUGAUAUUUAAGACUUAGGAAUUGUAAUGAAGAUAUCUUCAGUUUUAGCUGUUGUGCUCUAAGUUAGCACGUCUGCUCUUUCACAAAAAUCGAGCGCAGCAUUAGUUUAGGCAGACAGAACAUCAGCUGCUCUUACGCCAGCGUUUCCAUUUAAACUUCUUCAUCCUGCCUUUUCUUGCAGCUCUCCCUGCAAACCACUUUACACCCCGCCUCCACCCAGCUCCUCCUUCAUGCUGUAUCUGAUUUAACCAGUGUCAUAUGUAUCAUCACUGAUGCUCACUCUGUGCUGUACCCUCGAACCUCUUCGCUGAUGCUCUCCCUGCAAACCACUUUACAACCCGCCUCCACCCAGCUCCUCCUUCAUGUUGUGUCUGAUUUCACCAGUGUCAUAUGUGUCAUCACUGGUGCUCGCUCUGUUCUGUAUCCCGGGGACUCUUCGCUGAUGCUCUCCCUGCCUGCCUUGGCUUUCUUUAAAAGUUAUAUUUUUGGGCAUUUUGGCCUUUAUUGAUAGGACAGCUGAAGAGAGACAGGAAACGUGGGGAGUAGAGAGAGGGGGAAGACAUGCAGGAAACACUCGCAGCCAGGAGUCGAACAGGCGACCAUGUGGGGCGCUUAGACAGCUAGCCCACCAGUGCCCCAAACCUGCCUUGGCUUUUCAUGUAUGCACAUGAAAGAGAGGGGAAGUGUGCUCUCCCCACCUCACACUCUGGUAUCUGCUCCCUGCCCUUCCACGUAGGCAGGUGGAAGAGCAGGGAGCUCCCAGAACAGAGUCAUUCUGCCAAAUUUCACCCAAAUAAUUAUUUUGACAAAAGUGGUUCUGACUUAAAAACACUUAAAUGUCAGCAACCUUGAAACAUCCGGCUCAUUUCCUUGUUUCCUAGCAGCAUUUAUCACCUAAAACUGCUCAUAAAAGGAGUACUAUCAACACAUCAGCGGCGGUUUCUCCCAUGUGACAUGAAUGCAGCACCACAGGUGAGAAAGGACGCUGAACAAUGUAGCUCGCUGCUCCUUGAACCCCGUAUCACUGUGAUGAUUGGGGGACUUUUGCCUUGAAACGCAGCUUAUUUCUCGUACUGUCACUUCCUUUUCCUUCAGAAGCCAAAUAUGGAGACUUUUGAGGCGUCUCAGCCUUUUUUCUCAACAUCACUGAAACGACUAUUUCUGUCUGCUUUGUUUCCUGAAGGUUAGAUUCUGAUGUUUGUCUCCAAAUUGGCUGAAACUCUAUUUCCGUGUGUCGCUCAGGAGAGACAUGAACCCUCUCUCUGGGAUGUGUGUUUUCACAGUUCUGUCUCUGCUAUGUGCAUUAGUUGCUGGUUAUGGGUUUCCAUGACGUCAGUAUUUUUUCAAAAGAGAGAAUAAAUCUGUGUUUUUCUAAGAA